CCCUCAGGCUGGCUGAGGAAUGCUGGGAGUCGAAGUCCACAAGUCAUCAAAGGGUCAUAGUUCCCUCAGGCUGGCUGAGGAAUGCUGGGAGUUGAAGUUCAGAAGUCAUCAAACGGUCAGUUCCGUCAUGCUGGCUGAGGGAUGCUGGGAGUUGAAGUCCACAAUCUUAAACUAGCCAAGAUUGAGAGGGGAGAAACUGGUUUAAAGUUCCCCAGUUAGUUUCUGUUCCUCCUCCUUUCCCCCAACUCUUUUAAAAGUUGGGUCCAAGAAACCCCAUACCCCGUUCACACGUGAAUUAACGAAACCGAUCCCCUCUUUUAAAAUAAAAUAAAAUGAAAAACCCAAAAAGUCGCAAUGUUUUGUUACAAUGCACAAACAAACAAACAAACAAAAUGUUAUCUUUUUCUUUUCCUGUGGAUCUUUCCAGGCCUCCAGCUGACAGCCCGCUGGGCCAGCGCAGAGUGCUUCUCGCAACCGCGAUUCGAUCCCGCAUCCCGACCUUCCCACGGUACUUGCAACUGGAAAGGGGCGCGCUCUGCACGUGCUCAGAGGCCGGCAAGGGGGCUCAGAAAUGGGGGAGGCCACGCGCAAGUUUGCGGCCCUCCGACAGGAGCUGGUCACCACCUUGAUCCGGAAUCCUUCCGAACAGAAUGCCGAAUUUUUGCAGCGCCUGGUGGAAGCGCCCUUGCCCCCCGCCCAGAAGUAUCUGGAGAUUGAUGCCAGGGGCAUUUUGCGAGCCAAUGUCAAGGAGCAGUUCCAGGUGGAUCUCCGCUUGGUCUCCACCGCCUUCCAGAUCCUGGAGAAAUACGGGCGCAACCUUCUGCAUCCUCGCAAACCUUAUUUCUGGCGCAUGGUCAAAUUUAAUAAUCCCGUCUUCCGGGAUACGGUGGACACUAUCCAGGGUGGACGAGACGUCCUCCGGCUGUACGGCUAUUUGGAACAAAAGGCUGAUGGGCUUUACUUCCCGGAUCAUCAAGCUGAACCAGACAUUCCUCACGUGGCGUCCGUCACAGUGGACGUCAUGCUACUCCGUGCGGAGCUGAAUCUUCUCCUCUCGGAAACGCAUCCAAAUCCUCGGAUGUUGCAAGAAUUAAUGCAAGGGAGCCAGGCCUUACAGGUCCACAAGCCCGCCGAUGCUGGACCUCUGAAUCCGCUUUUGGCCAUUUCUCACGCAGGGAACCUGCCUCCAGACACCUGCCUGCUUUGUGGUUUAGAAGCUCCGUCGCAGCACUGUGAGGCUUGCAAUCAGAGUUUGUGUCCUAACUGCGAUUGGCUGUUUCACAAGCAUCCUUCCCGGACGCAUCACCAUCGGGUGCCUAUGAAAAACCCUGGCAGAGCAUGGCAGAGUCCCCCACCACCACCUAACCCCAGCCUCUCCAGCAUCCCCUCGGAGACGGCUUCUCUACGGCCCCACAGCCGCCCCCCACUCUCCGCCUCCCACAGCCUGCCCAGUCCGCGCCCGCCCUGGCGCUGCGCGGCUUGUCAGAAGAACAACGAUGCCUCCUCCGUCCUUUGCAUCAAUUGCGACCGGCCUCGGGGGUGCAAGACCCCCCAGACCCUCGGCCUGGAGGACGAGCUGACCCACCAAGGCCAGCUGGCCAGAGGGCGCUGGUCUUGCCAGACCUGCACCUUUGAGAACGAGUCGGCCACCGUCCUCUGCGCCGUUUGCGAGAGGCCGCGCCUGGCCGGCAAACCGAGCACCGGUGACGCCAAGCCCCUGAUAGCCUGGGGGGAGGAGAGCGGACCCCAGCAGGAAGAUGCCCCCAGCUGGCAGUGCGAACACUGCACUUUCCGCAACAGCGCCCACCGACGGAUCUGCGAGAUGUGCAAUUGCACCAGCCUGCACGGUGAUCCCCAGCCCCCGUCCCGUGCCGAGAAGGACGAGGUGGGCCGGUUGAAGCGACAGGUGGUGGAAGCCCCCGGGGAGCCCCAGGGCCUGUGGAAAGCCCCGCCCGCCUCGCCCGAGGAGGCGGAGCAACAGAGGCAGGCGAAGCUGCGGGACGACGGGCAGAAGAUGGUGGCCAUGAUCAGGGAGGCGGAGGGCGUGGGCGUGGCCCCCGAAAUGGUGGCGGCCGCCUUGUGCUACUCGGGAGCUGAACUGCCCCUGGCCUGGCUGAAAUCGGAACUGCCCUGCGUCCUGGAAGGUGUGGCGGAGAUGGCCACUCAGCGGGGCGCGGAGGAGCCCGGCGGUGGGCUGGGGGCCAUCACGCUUCAAGAAGUCCAAGCCGCCUGGGUGGCCAGCCGGGGGGACGUAGACGACGCCGUCAGCCGAUGCCUCAGUGCCCGUCGGAGUAAGGUGCAGGAGUUGAAAUCUCUGGGCUUCGAAGAGCGGGGCUCCGUCUUGCAAGCCCUGUACGAGAACAACGGGGACUUAUGGCGCACGCUGGUCCAGCUGCAGCAGGCCCGCUUAGCGCCGUUCCACCAGCGGCUGUGGGAGAGCGAAGACCCUCCCGUGGACUUCAAGUGUGCUGACCGACAGGCGCUGCUGCGGCGUCUCCUGGCCUCGCUGUCUCUGCCCAGCUGGGGCCGGGCCGAGUUGAUGGUCUCGCUGAUGCUCGAACAGCCAAACGAAGGCUGGGAGUUGGCCGACAUCGUGGAAGCCGUCAAGGCCUCCCCGAACCGCGACUUCAUCAGACACUGGCUGAGCUGGGAGUGCGCCGUCUGCAGCCUGGCCUUGCCGAGGAACAAGAUGCAGUCACUAACGUCGUGCGAGUGCACAAUUUGUCCAGAGUGUUUUGAGCUUCAUUUCACCAUCGCCGUGAAGGAGAAACACAUUACCGAUUUGGUGUGUCCGGCUUGCUCUGAACCGGAGAUCAGCGACGAGACGGAACUUCUUAAUUAUUUUUCCACGCUUGAUAUUCAGUUGCGCAGCUGUUUGGAUCAAGAGACAUACGACCUGUUCCAUAAGAAGCUGACCGAACACGUACUUAUGCAGGACCCCAAGUUUCAGUGGUGCACGCAUUGCUCUUUCGGUUUCAUCUACGAAUCGGAGCAGCUGGAAGCCAAAUGCCCCCAGUGCCGCAAGAGUUUUUGCGUCCAGUGCAAACGCCAGUGGGAACCCCAGCAUCAGGGUCUGAGCUGUGAAGCGUUCCUGGAAUGGAAGCGAACCAACGACCCCGAAUACCAGGCGCAGGGCUUGGCGAUGUACCUCCAGGAGAACGGCAUUGCGUGUCCCAAAUGCAAGUUCUCGUAUGCACUGGCCCGAGGGGGCUGCAUGCACUUCCAGUGUUCCCAAUGUAGACAUCAUUUCUGCAGUGGCUGCUACGGGACCUUCUAUGCCUCCAACAAAUGCCCGAUCCCUCACUGCCCGAUCCGCCGUUCCCUCCACGGCCACCAUCCACGCGACUGCCUCUUCUACCUGCGGGAUUGGGCCGUGCCGCGCCUGCAGCAGCUCCUCCAGGAUAACAACGUUGCCUUCAACACGGACCCCCCAGCGGGCACCCGGGCUACCCCUGGAGGGGGAUGCCGGGUUAUGGAGCAGAAAGAAAUGCUGGAUGGUUUAAAGGACGAACCGUGCGGCAAAGAGACCCCGGCUGAAUAUGCUGGCCUUUGCGAGGCGCACUACAAGGAAUACCUAGUCAGUCUGAUCAACAGCCACACUCUGGAUCCCGCCGUCUUCUACACCUUGCAGGAGGUGGAGAUCGUGUGCCGGAGACACCUCACCGCCCCCCAGCUGCUCCCCAAGGGACCGACGGAGGACGAGGAAGCGUAUCGCAGGCGUCUGAUCCAGGUUCUAAGAGACCAAGUUCCUCUUGGCUUGGAGAUCCCACGGAGACGGAAGUAGACCGAGAUCAUCACCCAUACGAGGAGGAAGAGAAGCGGUGAUAUUCUUCCAAAGGGAUGGAGAAGAGAAGAGAUGUUGUGUUUUGAGAAUUGUCCUUUCCGGUCGAUGAUUUACGGGGGGGGGGGCUCCUAAAGAGCAGCCCUCCCUGCUCUAACCACUAGGUUGAAUUUAAGGGUUGUGUUGUUCUACAGCCUAUUUCUUCUCUCUUGUGUGAGAUACAUCCAGAGGUCUUCUCCUUGUGACCCUUUAGAAGAGGGAUGUCCAGUUGUGGCGACUUGAAGACUUGCGGACUUCAACUCCCAGAAUUCCCCAGCCAGGCUUGCGGACUUCAACUCCCAGAUUUCUCUAGGCAGGCUUCUGGCAGAGGAAUUCUGGGAAUUGAAGUCCACAAGUCUGGCUGGGGAAUUCUGGGAGUCGAAGUCCACAAGUCUUAAAGUCACCACAAUUGGACAUCUCUGACAGAGAAGGUGAUGAUGGAGAAAACAAAGAAUUUGUUUCGCCCUAACUCUCUUUAACAAGUUUUUGAGUACUGUGUUCAGGUUUUAUGGGGUGGGAAAAAAAUGUACUGGUGGGUGGAACGGAAGCUUGGCUUCAAUUGAAAAUUUCUUGUUCCGGUUUUAGAUUGAUCCAAUAUUUUUAAUUCCAUUUGUUCUUUCAGCCUGCAUAUCUCCUGGGAAAUGCAUUGGUCUGAAUAAAAGUUAUUUUGAUAAAA